AUGAACCUGACGUUCGGCAUCUACAAGUCCAACCACACUCUGAGCGACAAUCACUACACAGUGCGCAUAAUGGCACGACCCCCGCCAACACCGCUCGUAGAUACUAUCAAAGAGAUUCAACCUUUGAAGAAUCUGAUCAUUGACCAGGUUCGCGCGAUUCACGGCCAUUUAUACCCGACUUCACACUACACCUUUUCAGUAUUGACCAACAAGGAAGAGCUGUUGUACUCAGCCCAAGCUAUCGUCUACACAAAGCCUGAUUCAUUUGCGGAGUGGAAACUACUAGCCGUGAGCGGCCCCGUCUGCAACUCGACAUGGGAGGCGGUAGAGAGCCUCUACUGCGAGCUUCAAGAGCAGCUUGGAAAGAUGACGGAUUCCUUGUAUGAAGGUGGAACGUGGAACGGAACGGAGGCUAUUAAUGAGCCCGAUUCCGAAAACGCAGACGCAGACUGA